UUCGACCCACAAUGCUUUACUUUGACUACUUUUCCUGUACGGGAAAUUCAAGUUUGUCUUGCUGAUAAGGAUUUCGAUAGUGAAGAUUUUACAAAAUUGUCUACUUAAGAAAUGCACAUAUGUUAUUGGGACACAUCACCUUCUGCUUAUAAUGGACCGUCGCCAGAAUCAAGAAGCCGCUAAAUAUGCACUGGCUUUAAAAUCGUUAAAUGUUGCAGACAAACAUUAUAAGAAUGAAGACUUUGGGAAAGCGUUCGCCAAUUUCCUGUUAGUUUUAAAACUAGCUCCAGAGUGGAAAACAGACGUGGAACAUAAUUUCAUCGUUACAUUGCAGCAUUGGACUGAUACACUAGAGAGUUUGAGCAGGGUUUCAGACUUGUUUAGAUGUUACGAGCAAGCCAGUGAAGUAUUGCCGGAUAACGAGAUGAUAUUCAAUGAUAUGGGAUCAUCACUAUUCAGGCUUGGAUUCAAAGACGAAGCUGCAUCUUGUUUCAGGAAAGCUUUACGAAUCAAUCCAGGUUUCCUGGAUGCAAAGGACAAUCUACAGAAUGUACUCUCGGCACUGAUAGAAAGAUGGCAUUUUAGAAUGCUGAAUGACAAAGUUAGAAAUCAUGCUUUUCAAAGUGCAAUCAGAAAGGCAAUACAAGAUGGCCAUGACACAGUGCUGGAUAUUGGUGCAGGCACCGGAAUAUUGAGUAUGCUGGCAAUACAGUCUGGUGCUAAACAUGUAUAUGCCUGUGAAAUGUCAAAGACGACAUAUGAAAUGGCAAAGGAUGUGUUAACUACCAACCGCAUGUCAGAUAAAGUGACACUAUUACAUACGUCAUCGAAAGAUAUUGUCAUACCUAAGGAUAUUCCACAAAGGGUAUCCUUGGUUGUCACGGAGACUGUAGAUUCUGGAUUGUUGGGAGAGAAUAUUAUUCAGACAUUGAGUCAUGCAUGGAAGCGUUUGUUGAUAGAAGACAACACAGGAAAUAAGUUAAAACCUCAAGUGAUCCCCGCUGGAGCUACAGUCUUUGCACAAGUCAUUGAAUGUCAAGAGUUACGAAAGCAACAUCGGGUCAUAGUUGAUGCCGUUGAUGACAUUGACUUGACAUGCUGUGACAUCAUCAGCCCUUGCAUGAUGGGACAGUGUAAUGACGGCGAUGCAACCAUAUCAGUAGAACCAUACUCAAGUGAGAUACUGCAGCGAGUACACGGUGGAUAUACUCCAAUAACUGGUGAAUUUCAGACAAUCAACUUUGAUUUUAAUAACCCACAGCUUGUACAAUCAUGUGAACCUGGUGGCCCAGUGAGGGAGUAUGCUGUACCAGCCAUAGCCACGGGACGUGUUGAUGCUAUUGUUUGUUGGUUUCAUCUACACCUUGAUAAAGAUACGAGUAUUAGUACGUCCCCAGAUGGUGACUCAUGUUGGGAGCAAGCAGUAUUUCCUGUGCAUCCCAGUCACUGUAAACCAGGCGUUGGGUAUAUUUCUAAGGGUGACUGUAUCACGAUUCAAGGUGCCUGCAUUAAUAAUACUCUAAACUUUAAAAUAGUUAGAAUAGAAUCUAGUCAGUCAUGUCACACUACAGUUGGAUCUCCGACAAGUUUGGAUAAGAGUGGUCAUAAGAUAGAAGGCAAACAUUGCAACAAAUCUUCUACAAGUAAAUUGCCUGAUACCAAACUUGUGUCUGCUUCUGGUGAUUCUGUUAGGACAGAUAAAAGCGAUUCCCAGCCAGAAGCGGAUCAUUCUGUCAAAGUUUUCAGCGUGACGUCAGAGGAAAUCGCAGCAAUAAAUCACGUUAAGUUUCAGGACCUGUGGUGCCAGGUUGUCAGAAAUGAAGUCGUGAAUCGGAGAAAGCAGACUCAAAAGGGUGUGGCACAAAAUGAGGAGGCAACAAAUGAAACAGCUGAAGCUUGUUCCGAUGUUGUAAUCAUGGAUAUGACAUCAGGACUAUCAUUGGCCGGUGUACAUGCUGCAAAAGCAGGGGCCACCAAAGUAAUUACCACAAACCAGUCACAGAAAUCCCAGCAAGCCUUGCAACAUAUUGCAAAGUGUAAUGGUAUAGCUGAGGUAGUCUUGGUAUAUGGUGAAGGAGAAGAUGAUGAAAUGGUGGAUGUCUUGGUUACAGAUGUCAUCGAUGUCACUGGUAUACUCAAACAAAGGGUAUUGGAGGAUAUUGCAUUUGCCAAAUCUACUAUCUUAAAACCAGGUGGCUGUGUUUGUCCAUAUGGCUUGACAAUAUAUGCAGUGUGUAUUGAGUCAUGUACAUUACAACAAGAGAGUGGUGUUAUUGACAACGAUAGAACAUUAGGAUUGCAUAUUGCACCAUUUAUGAAUAUAUUCCAGACGUCCACCCACCAGGAGAUUGACUUGUCAACUCUACCGCACAGAAGACUGACUGAACCAUUCAAGCUGUUUGAGUUGGACUUUGAUGCCCCAAUCAAUCCGGAAUCUGACACCCUUCCACCUUUCUUGGAAAAUUACUCAUCUUUACAUAUACCAGUUUGUGAAAGCGGCAAUGUCACAGCAAUACCGUACUGGUUUGAAAUCCAUUUGGACAAGAAAUACUCAAUAUCAACGUUAGAUGAAGAGCCACACUGGAGGCAAGCGGCCAUCAUUAUUAAUGACAGCAUGAGUGUUGUGAAGGAUGAGAUAGUCUGUAUUAAAGGAAAAUUACAGAACAGCUGUCUUGAUAUUGAGCUUAAUCAUGGUCAAAUUUCAGAAGAAUCUAAUUCUACGGUAUAA